CACCACCAUGCGCGUCUCGACUGCUUCGAUCCUCGCCGUGCUCGCGUCGACGGCGACCGCCAAGAUGGCCAACCACCAGUGCGUCGACGUCUACCGCGGUGCGCGCUACUGCUUUGAGGCCGACGGCGUUGUCUGCGGCGCGUCCGAAGGCGCUUGCCCCAAGGCCGGCGCGAAGGCCGGCGCCCGCUGCCUCGACUUCCUCGAGAGCUACAACGGCGACUCGUGCGUGCUCCCGCGCGACACGGUCUGCGAGCAGAUGGACAACAAGUGGCGCUGUGUCCUGCCCGGGAAGCCGUCCGAGCACUCGCACGGCUACGUCACGGCGCCCGGCACGCAGCCCGCCAAGACGGAGAUGGCGCAGCCCCGCCACGGCGGCCUCGGCUCGCCCAAGACCCACAAUCCCAAGACGCCGGCUCCCACGACCGAAGACAUUGAGGACGACGGCAGUGACUCGACCGACGGCAGCGACUCGACCGACGGCAGCGACUCGACCGACGGCAGCGACUCGACCGACGGCAGCGACUCGGCCGACGGCAGCGACUCGAACAGUGGCAAUGAUUCCGACGAUGGCAGCGACGAGAACGCAACCACAAAGCCUCUUGGUGACAGCGCCAACACCAACCCGAACGACACGGGCGGCAUCGACGACACGAUGGCGUCGGUCCUCGGCAACCCUGUGACGCAGGCGCCGACCAACUACACGCUCGGCGACGCCGCGACGACCACCGAGAGUGUCCACUCGGUCUCGAACCAAGCCGAGAGCGGCGCGACGGGUGUCCACGAGGCGCCGUCGCAGGGCAUGGUCGCGGUCUACGCCGUCGGCGGUAUCGCGUGCGUGGCCGCGGCCAUGUUCGCCGUGCACAAGCGCCGGGCGACGUUGAAGGCCAAGGCCGACGACGAGUGCCUCGUGACGCCGGCCGUGCCGCACCCGGACAUUCUGCCCAAGGAGGGCUCGACGACGCCGACGCUCAUGGCCUCGACCGAGAAGAUCAAGGUCACCAACGUCUAA